AUGGCAUCUUCGAAUUUUGCAGAUCAAUCCGAAAGAGCUGCAUCGAUAAAAGGGAUAGUAGAGAUUCCAGAACGAGAUUUGGAUUUCCUGAGAACAAAUCAGCGACACGUAUGUGUCUCCACUUUAGGGAACUUGCAUCGACCAGGAGACGAACAUGCAUCAGGAGAAGAGUGUCCAUUCAAGACAUUCCCUGGCGGUCAUAUAGUCAGUCUUAUUAACGAACAAGAUGCGUAUCUUAUCAAUGAUGCGUUAUCGUUGUACGAUCAUGAUCCCAAUAUGUGUUCAUCUAGGGACAGGAAUAUUAUCAGUAGAUUCGAAUGGUCUUCGUUAGUACCGAUAAGAUACCGUACAAUGGCCAUCGAAUUUACCAAGGUUAUCACUCCUGGAGAUAACGAUGAUCUUAAAAAUACAUAUUGUGAUGGGUCCGAUGUAAGAUCAUUUGGCGAUGCACCAGUGGCCUACACAGCCACCACGAGAUUCAUCGAUCUGAGUCAAGCGGAGUUGGAUUUUUUCAUUGAAGAGAGGAAAAGAGGUGAAUUCACAGGAGAUCAUCCGGGCUAUUUCACCCCUCGAAGUCUACCCCCGCCACCCACUACUCCAAGUACAAUCUAUACAGAUGGAUGUUCUACACCAGUAUCACCAUGUGCAUCACCGGGAUGCCAUUACGUUUGGGGUAAUGGGAAUGACGAUUUCGGAGUGGUCGAGUACGAACAAAUGACUUUCGAUCCCGAACCACCUGAUCUUGUAUAA